GAGGAGAGUGAACUACUCAGAACUUUGCUGAAGCACACUCAAUACACCUUUUUAAAUAGAGACAAUGCCUCUGUGUGAGCCUCAGCACCACCUAGUGAUGUUAUGGGACAGGCCAGAUGACUACAGAGCGGGAAGGUGAGAGAGCACUGCUGUUGACUAUUGCAUGACAGGUCUUACCACAGAGACUCUUCCGGUGAACAAAAUGAUGUGGGUGAGAAGUGUUUGGACAGGAACAAGAAGUGGUGAGCAGAGGGAAAGACCUGGUUACGAUGAGCCUGAACUUUGUUUCUUCCUUUCCCUUUUUUACUCACUUAUUCUUCUUACUUAGCCAAGCUCAGUUUCUUUAAAUUAGCUUAUCGUGCAACACUGACAUGUGUUUAGACUCAGUUUGGAGGAACUGACGUUACCCUGACUUCUGUCUGACGGCGACCUGUUGGACCGUACGGAAGAGAUAUGACUGAGAACGGUACUAUGACAAGCAAUGGCACCGCUAAGAAGGGAGAAGAACUCAAAAUUGUUAUUGUGGGUGAUGGGGGUUGUGGGAAAACAUCCCUUCUAAUGGUCUAUGCCAAAGGAGACUUUCCAGAGAAGUAUGCUCCGUCUGUGUUUGAGAAAUAUGUCACCACAGUCAAGUAUGGAGGGAAAGAGAUUCGACUCAACCUCUAUGACACAGCUGGCCAAGAUGACUACGAUCGUUUGAGGCCACUCUCCUAUCAGAAUGCCAACCUGGUGUUAGUCUGUUAUGACGUAACCAACCCCACCAGUUUUGAAAAUGUCUUAAUCAAAUGGUACCCGGAAGUGAACCACUUCUGUCGCGAUGUUCCUGUCAUUCUGAUUGGCUGUAAGACUGACCUGAGAAAGGAUAAGGAACGUACCAGGAGGCUCAAAGCCAUGGACCAGGCUCCCAUUACUUACACACAGGGUGAGGAGACCAGGCGGCACAUGAGUGCUGAGCUUUAUCUGGAGUGUUCAGCCAAAUAUCGUGAAAACGUGGAGGACAUUUUCAGAGAGGCCACUAAAAAAGCCCUGGCAUCCAGCCGCAGAGCAAAACACCGUACGAGGAAGAGGCAUUGUGUCGUCCUGUGACCUCUUAGUGAAAGGACAGAGGCUUGAAGUCAAUUGACACAACAGGACACCCGGUCCACUGCUCUUACAUGUCAAAUCUACACCAUAUGCUGCUUGUCUAUUAUAAACAACUGCUUGCCACAUCCUGGGUCAUCCUAAUUCAAUUUCAUCAAGAGCCUGUCUGGAGACACCAUCCCCAGCCAACUCAUGCCCUUGGGAUCUGGACAAUAAUAUUCAACACUGAACUAAUGUCUGCUAGGGUCAAGAUGGUAAUCCUGCUAGUUCUGUGGGUGCAAGGUCUAUCCUGGGAUUCCAGAGUGGUUUUGUCUCCACGUUAAGCCAAAGUAUAAGUGGGAAUAUGAUAGAAGUAGAUCGAGAUUGUGUAUCAUAGAAUUUUGUCAAAUAUCCUUUUUAUCAGUUACUGAAUUGCUAUUUUUACUUUUAUAAAUCAUUUGUUGUACCCAUU